AAGACUUUACUUCCGGGUUCCUCCACGUCCUGUGGCUCCAGCUGGGCUCCGUCUAACAACAGUUUCCACAACUUGAUGAUACUUCGACAGUUCACCGGUCGAGCCGUGAUCUCCUCUCACCUGAAUGCUCACCUGAGGAAACCCUGGGCCAGCGGAGACAUGGCCAGACCCAGUUCAGACCUGGCUGCGUUCAGGGAGAUUUUCUCCAAAUCCAAGAAGGUCGCCAUCCUGACCGGAGCGGGGGUGAGUGCUGAGAGUGGAGUGCCCACCUUCAGAGGAGCGGGGGGGUACUGGAGGAAGUGGCAAGCACAGGAACUCGCCACUCCGGAGGCCUUCUCUCGGAAUCCCUCGCGUGUUUGGGAGUUUUAUCACUACCGCCGCGAGGUCAUGCUCACGAAGAAUCCCAACCCGGCCCACCUGGCCAUCAGCGAGUGUGAGGAGCGCCUCACACAGCAGGGGAGAGAAGUUACUGUCAUCACUCAGAACAUCGACGAGCUCCAUCGCCGCGCUGGAUCCCAAAACAUCCUGGAGCUCCACGGGAGUCUGUUCCGAACCCGCUGUAUGAGCUGUGGUCACCAAGCAGCGAAUUACAAGAGCCCCAUCUGUGCGUCGCUGGCAGGGAAAGGAGCUCCUGACCCGGAAACCCACGACGCCCAGAUCCCAGUUCUACAGCUGCCCAGGUGUGAGCAGACAGGUUGUCACGGUCUCUUGAGACCAGCUGUGGUUUGGUUUGGAGAAACGCUCGACUCUGACGUCCUCACCCGGGCAGAGAAAGUGCUGGACAGCUGUGACCUGUGUCUCGUGGUUGGUACCUCGUCCAUCGUGUAUCCAGCGGCCAUGUUUGCUCCUCAGGUGGCGGCCCGCGGCGUCCCCGUGGCCGAAUUCAACAUGGAGGACACGCCGGCCACCAUGCGCUUCAAGUUCCACUUCCACGGCCCCUGUGGGAGCACGUUACCCGCCGCACUCGCACGCCACGAGAUGGAGACACAUUGAAAGUGGAGGUUUGGUCCAACAUGUGGAGAUGGACACGUGAAAAUAAGAAGAGGUCAAGAAAUCUGUAGAAGAAAUCUGUUUGAUUCAAGCUGCUGCAGAAAUGUGAUGUGCAAUAAAGAAUAAAUAUGAGUUAGUUACACCUUCAGAAUCUGUUUAAGAUCAUGAAAUGACAUGAAAAACAGCUGUAACUUUAAAUUAUCAUUGUUUAAUAAAAUACACACAUGUACAAACAA